CUCAAAUUAAGACCAAUUCCUCCCUCCUCCUAUAUGUUUUUGUUGCCUUUGUCUUUGUGUGUGUGAAAAGGAAUCCUGCUCUCUUCCCAAAUUCGACUCCUGAGAUUAAACCCUACCAAUCCCUAGAUUUCAUCGAGAUUUCUCUAUACUCAUCCAAAGCAAAGAAAGAAGAUGACUAAUGUCAACAAAUUAGUUCCUGAUCGUUCGGACAAGAAGAGUCAUGCUGAUAAUGAUGAGAACAAAGUGAAAGCGCCAAACAUGUUCGAACGAGCAAAAGAGGAGUUUGAUGCUGUUAUUGGAGCUAUUCAUCAACGCAAGACUUCCAAGGAUGGAUCUGACAAAAUGGAGUUCAAAUCAGAGAAACCAGAUGGAAAGAAAAAAACAAACAUGAUGAGAAAGGCGAAGGAUGAACUCAAAUCUUUAUUCCAGAAGGAGAAACCUCAUCACCAUCAUCACAAAGAAACUCAUGGAAGGAGGGAUGAUAUCAAUGAGAACACUCCGGUGGAUGAAGUGAAGGCUCCUAAUGUUAUCGAGAGAGCCAAGGAAGAGAUCCAGGCCGUCAUUGACAGCAUCCAACCCAAGAUGAAGAAUGAGGCAGAGGGUUCUGAUUCACCUAAGUCUCCUCGUUCUGUCUCACCGGAGAAGGAGAGAGCUGGACUCGGUUGCUCUAUUGGAAAGGGGCUUGAAAAGAUUUGCUCUCCUUGGAGUGAUGAUAAAAAAGAUUGAAUUAUAUUCAUAUGAUUGAUUGAUAUGUUCAUGAACUCUUGUUUUCUAAUUUUCGUAGUAAAACUUGGUUUUAAGUUUCAAUGAGUUUGUUGGUUAUUAGGUACUCUGACAAUUGUUGUUACCUUAACAGACUCUGCUUGUUCUUUUCAUAUUCCAAAACUUUCAGUGUCCUCUCUAUGUAUAUAAUUCUGAAAUCGGUUAGCUUGUUA